AAUAAUGCGAUGAUUUGACCUUUGACAUUGCCACCUGUACACAUCUGCAACGGUACCGACUGCAACUACCGUAGAUUGUUCGCUGUGCACAUUUCAAGGAUGGCGGUCUCGACGAGCAUCUCCUUCUUGCUGGCAUCAUUGCUAGCCGUCUCCACCUUCGCAGGGAUGCAGAUGUUCAAAGUCCAGCUGGCAGCCUCCGAGUGGAUGACAAUCCUGGGCGGUUUCCUUGGCUCUGUGCUCUUCGCUCUCACUCUAACUGGGGUCGGAAAUUUGGAAUCUUUGCUGUUUGGAAAAGGCUUCCAGAUGAAGAUAUUCCCUGAAGUGGUCUUGUGCCUGGGAAUGGCCAUGUUUGCCUCUGGGCUCGUUCAUCGGGUGUGUGUCACAACUUGUUUUAUCUUCUCACUGGUGGACCUGUACUACAUCAACAAGCUUGCUCAAACCAAGCAUGCCCCGGUUGUAUCCGUCCAGCAAACACAAGGGAAGAAGAGACGAUAAAAUCUCCCAGUCUUUUACUCCAUAGUGCCUCUGUCAUUUUCUUUCUUCUUCGCAUUAAAGUUCCUAAACUUUUGCCAUUGUCUCUUUCCUAAAGAAGGUCUCAAGAAUGUUGUAGUCAUCUCAAGUCAAUCACAAGUCGAUCACAAAGUCAUCCAGUCCCAAGUCAACUUAUAAAGUAUUCAAGUGAAUUGUGAUGAAGGAACUCCUUUGAUGACCCUUACCUUCCCAAAUCCUCCAAAAUCCUCUUGGAGGAUUUUACAGGACUAAGGCUGCAUAUUGCAAAAGUGUGUUGCUGAUUUUGGAGGAUGCACUGUGUCAAGGUCUUAGACCGGACCUUGUAUUUUUUAUGCUCAGCUGUGCAUAAAUGUAGGCCUAUAUUAUACUUGAAAUCCUCCCCACUGCUUCAGGAUGUCACUGGCUCUGCCUCAACGUAUUGACAGUGAUUGCAGGAGGAUUUUGCAGGAUUGAGGCAGUGGUCACCCCUCCAAAAACCACAUUCAAGAAAUAACGGAGGAUUUUGGAGGAUUGAGGCUGUAUGCAAUUUUUACAUGGAGGCAGUUGGAGGAUUUUGCAGGACUGAGGUUAAAUCCUAGCAAAAGUGCCUAGGGAGUUAGAGUUGCGGUUCGUCCCCUGUUACUUGUGACUCGACUUUGUGAAUUAACUUGUGAUUUAGACGUGACUGGAAGUGUGAUGUACUUUGUGAUAUAUGUAUAUCACAAGUACAUCAUCUACACCAUCACUGAAUUAAUGGGAAAAUUUGCUGUUAUCAUUCAAUUCCACGGUAAAGAGACUUGUUCCUUGGGGAAGUAGUUGUUUACUUUUUAAGCCUGGAUAGAAGGAUUCCAAAUAGAAGGGAGCACUUUGAGUCAAGACACCAUGCUUCAUCACACAGUGCAACAUCAGUUUAUUUGGACGUUACUUGGUUUGUACUUAAUACGGAAAUCAUAUUCGAUCGGUACUCAAUGUACAUGUACUAAGUUUAAAGCAAACCUGGUUACGUGCAUAAUUAUGAAGUUGGUUGUGUAAUCAUUAUGGUCUAACGUUUUGUUCUUCGAUAAAACUUAACCUGUGUGUCAAGAAAUUAAUAAAAUAUGUUAAGAAACUCGUAGAGAGGAAGUCCGUGAUAAUAAACCAUGCUUUGUCAAUCUCAAA